AUGAGUUUGCAGCCGGCCUGUGCUAGUGGAUAUGAUCCCUUUGACAACUACGGUAGAAGUAACCACUUGAGUGGCACAUUACAUGAAUCCUGCGAUUUAUCCUCAUAUCAAAGUGUUGACCCUGCCGGCUCCUCGCUUGACCAUCAGCGGCAGUUUCACGUAGCUGUGUCACAACAGGAUGAAACAGCCCUUUAUUCCAGUUCAUUUUUUUCUGACUCGAUUCUUCAAUCAUGUGACAGCAUUGCAGAUGUUCCUACCCAGCAGUUGACCAGCUACGCAGUGUAUAACGUAACAAAUUAUCAUCCUAAUCCGAGCCAACCGAACUACACCGGCCCCUAUGAUACCAAGCAAACUGAAUACACUGUUUAUGAAUUGUCAAACGCAGGUGAUUAUAGUACCACAUCUGCAAAAAAUGUUGGCGGUAGCAAUGCAGGCACUCUGUACUACGAAAAUGCAUUGACAAAUGUGGACCAAACUGUAUAUUCAAGCCCACAAAACACAGUUCCCUUAAAUGAGGUCCAGUACACCGAAAAUUACCCUUCGUGCCAACCCAUAUCGUAUCCUGCAUACCGAUCAGACGGCUUUUAUAAUUACGCUUCAGCACAGGAGGUGUCGUCGGCUUCCACAUACCCUAACUUGUACAAUGCAGGCUGCGGAAAUGAGUCUCAGUGCACGUUCGAUCAUCGAAGCAACUGCCAAGUUCCAGUACAAAAUCCAGAAUCAAUAUUCACAUCUGCUGAAUAUUCCCGGCCGCCUCGCUUUGAACCUCAUUUAAACCACUUUAAUGUUUACCAAUCUUCCUAUAUGGAUAGUCAGUCGUCAAUGCCAACAGCUUACCCUGAACCUGCAUUCUACGUGAAUAAUCACCUCAUGGUAUCGUCAAAUUGUAACGAGCCACAGGAAACGUACCAGCGCUGUCAACUAAACGUCUAUCAACACAAUCAUGCUACCCAAUACGUUGGUCAGUUCAAUGAACCGGUUCAGCCUAUUUGGCGCGAUCAGUCCUCUGGUAGUCAACUGUCACAAUGGCCUUUUCAGCCAUCGGAUUCCUGCGGUUACCCAGAAAAGUCAAAUCAAGUUGAGAUGUACAAUUCUAACCAGUCUUACGCAUAUGACCAGCAGCCACAUACAUUCAGUUUCACCGAAGCCUAUCCUUCGACUGCACAAACGAAUGCACAGGGUUUGCAGACUUUAACAAAGCCAGUUCAAAAUUUUGAAAGGCCCAGCUCUGCAGCCAAGACUCAAGAUCCCGCAAUUCGAGAAUCAGAACAGGAUCAAUCUCUCAGUCCGGAAUUAGGCGACAACGACGACAGUGCUCCUUCACCUUCUCAACCUGGGUCACCAUGUGAACCGGUACACGAGUAUGCAUGUUCCCAUUGUCACAAGCGAUUCGAUCGGCCUAGUCAUCUUGAAAUUCACUUUCGUACUCACACGGGAGAGAAGCCAUUUCGUUGCCGCAUUUGUUCUAAAGCCUUCUCUCAGGCUUCUAAUCUACAACGUCAUGUCAAGUCUCACAAAACCUGGCCAGGAAUGCGCCCGAUCGGUGGCAAGAUAUGCUCUAACCACCUCCUGGUAAAGCCCUCCCGUUCAGUAAUGCUAGUAGCGACCAGGGUUCCGGUCGUAUCAACUUCUCAAAUGCAAACUUACUGCCUUGCGAACAACCAUUUUGAAUGUGGAUUUUGUGGAAAACGGUUUGAUGGGUUUCAGAAGUUGCGUUCGCAUAUGGUGGAACACAAUGAUGAGAAGGUCUACCAGUGUAUUGUAUCUUCUUGCUUAAAGACUUUUACGGAGCUCGAGUCCUUCGUGGAUCACCUGAAUGUGUCCCACGAUCUCUCUGAUUCUAAGUGGCUGCGCUGUAGCAAAUGUGACAAGGAGUUCGAAAGUAAGUACGCGCCGCUUAGACACACCUGUCACCUUGAUGCCCAAUUUGCAGACACCGACGAUUUGCUCGGUUUGGAUUGCUGCGCUUGCACCUGCUCAAUGAACAUUCCGCAGCCAGUGUGUCCGGAGUGUCCUCAGUCAAGUCUGCACGAAUUAAAGCCCUUGGGAUGCCAGUACUGGCUGAAGCAACAACACCAAAAAGGUAUAUUCACGAAAAAACCAUCCCGUCCGCCACAGCCGGCACAACCUACCGUUGCACUUUCUCAGGAUACACUGACAGUUGCAAGUGAACCCACGCAGCCGCCCGAGGACUCUGGUAGUGCGCGACAAUUUCAGGGUGCUUCAACGGAGCCCUCUCCAAAUUGCCUCAAAGACUUACAUGUCCUCCUCGGCACCACCGGUAACCACAAACGAAGCAACAGGCGACGACCAGCCUCUCUUUCCCUCGCUUGUCCUAUUUGUGGUCGAUUGUUUAAGAAACAAAAGUUUUUCGAUGAUCACUGCAUACUUUGUCAGCAGGCAAGUCGAACUGGCAUCACUGCUAUCCUCUAA